AUGGGAGAGCAGGGUGCAAGGGGGGAGGUCGCGGUAGUUCGGGGAGAUGGGGCAGUCGUGGUCCGGGAAGCAACAGGAAAAACUUCUGCCGGCGUGACUUCCCCACCGAGGUUGUGCUACCACGCUCUGCCGAACCAGCGGCCGGAACCAGUCGGUAUGAUGACUCCGCCACCGCAGGCACCAGGAAGGGUGCCGUUCAGAUGGGAGGAAGCUCCAGGGAAGCCUCGGAACUCCAACAAUUGUGGCGGGACAAAGCCCGCCAGCGCUAGAGGGCUGGAGCUUCCUCCGAGACUGGCGGUUCUGUCGUCUUCUUCGUCGUCCUCCUCGGCCUGGCAGGUGGCGAAGGUAGCAGACGCCGAGGUGCCCUCAAAGACCGUCUUGGAGGGAACCUACUAUGUGCUGCUUGGCCCGCCCGCCUCCCAGAUAGACGGCAUGUCCGUGACUGGACAACGCAGCCCUCUUUCUUGUUCAUCAUUCGCCUUCGGGCAGCGCUCGCUAAGAUUCUACAGCAAAGGCGAUGGGAGGAGAAGAAAGCAGAGAUCAGGAGGGUGGUUCUGGAAGAGGACAGCGCCGAAGAGGAGCGGUGGCGAUUCUUCGUCGCAGAAGGCGCCGGAGGCUGCCGCAUGCUUACCUCGCUCUUAUUCCCAUGGCUGUGGAUUCUACGUCGACGAGAGGGAAGAGGACGUAGAGGGGGAAGCGGCCGCGGCGAAGGCGACGAUAACAAGGCACGCGAGGAGCAGAAGUCUCCCGAGCCUGUCCACGGCCACCUCUCACCUCUGGGUGCGUCUUCUGAUCUUUUCUGUUUCUCCUCCGUUUCUUCCCAGUGCCGUUUUCGUUUCCGAGGUCUUGAACAUUUUGAUCCAAAAAAGAAUCGUCUUCUGCUCAAAUUUCGGUUUGUUUUCCAUUUACAUCUUUGCUCUAUUGACCAAGAUCACCGACAAAAGGCGAUGUCGGUGACGAAGUCCUAGUGACGACUCCCAUCGGCUUCAGCUGCUCGAUGGGCGUUUUAUCAUAAUCUCAACGUCAUUCACACAGCCUGCGUCAUCCCGCCGUGGAUUGAACCUUUCCCCUUCUUCCCCUUCUUCCCCUUCUUCCCCUUCUUCUUCUUCUUCUUCUUCUUCUUCUUCUUCUUUCUCCUCCUCCUCCCAAAACGUCUUCAGGAAAACAGAUUCCCCUUCAUCCCCGUUCGUCGCUUGCUGACUUAAGCUCUCUCCUUCCUCUGUCGUCACGGACAACCCGCAGGCCAGCAUUUACGGCAGUCUUAAGCAGGCGGUGGCGGGCCCGUGGACGUCCAGGAAGCCCACAACCCGGCGGUGGCCGCGCGAUUCUCUCCGCUGA